AUGAUCUUCGUGGGCAAGGAGUUCACCAUGCAGACCAAGAGGUGGCCACACACCAUGACACUAGAAUCACCGAUGGCAGGCAGUAAAGGUAGUUGCCCAAGCCUUCCCACAGCCAUCGUGAACAUUCCUAAAACCCACCGGACUUUCUGCAAGAAGUGUGGCAAGCACCAGCCCCACAAAGUGACACAGUACAAGAAAGGCAAAGAUUCUCUUUAUGCCCAGGGACAGCGGUGUUAUGACAGGAAGCAGAAUGGCUAUGGUGGGCAGACUAAGCCGAUUUUCCAGAAAAAGGCUGAAACUACAAAGAAGAUUGUGCUGAGGCUUGAAUGUGUUGAGCCCAACUGCAGAUUUAAGAGAAUGCUGGCUAUUAAGAGAUGCAAGCAUUUUGAACUGGGAGGAGAUAAGAAGAGAAAGGGCCAAGUGAUCUAGUUUCUAACUUCAUAUUUUGUUACAUUAUGAAGACAAUAAAAUCUUGAGGUUAUGUUCAAAAAAAAAAAAAAAAAA